GAUACAUACAUCCAUAUCUCACUCACAAAUUGACCUAAUUAUCUCCAAUUUGUAGGUGUCCUUUUUUCAUUCCAUCAAACUUUGCAAUUUGCAUCAAAGAAAAUUCCUUUUUCUUGCGCAUUAGCUGUAUUUUACUCAAAAUUAUAGACACCCUGUUACCUACUUCCACCAGCUAAUUAGCUUUUGUCCUAUUUUUCCCAUGUUUCUCUGUUAUUUGAGUUUACUUUGAUUUAUAAUUAAUUUCUAGUACUACUUAUUAUUACUAAUAUUAUUAUUAUUUUUGGGCUAUUUUCAUUCAAAUCUGUGACUAAUAAUAAUUUCUAUAUUGGGUUGUCAUCAACUAUUGGCAGUUCUAUGUUUGCGCGUUUGUGGGCUGAUUUCUGUUGAUUUUCUUCAACUUGUAUUGUAUUUUUUUCUGGGUGUUGAAAAAAAAGGGUUCUUCUAAAGCUUCUUCAAGUUUUUGGAGCUUCAAUGAUCUAAAAGGAAAAUUGACAUUCUGAGUUCUGAGUUCUGAGUUGUAAGUUAUAAAAAAUGGGAUAUAGAGACAGUAUAUUCAAGUGGGUUCUUUUACUGUCUCUAGCUUCACUUUCAAAUGAGGUUUAUGCUGAUACUUUUCUAAUUGACUGUGGAUCACCAAGUAAUACCACAGUUGGUCGUCGUGUAUUUAUGGCUGAUAACUAUGCCUCAAGAUAUCUUACUACGCCUCUGAACACUCUGGGAAAUACUUCUUCUGCUGGUAGCAAUUUGCGGUUGUAUCAGACGGCGAGAAUUUUCAAUGCAACAGCAGGAUACAGAUUUCCUAUAACCGAAACAGGAAGAUACUUUAUUCGUCUUUAUUUCUCCCCGUUUACUUAUAGAGGUUAUAAUUUGAGCAGAGCUAGUUUCACAGUUUCUGCACAGCAGUUUGUGCUUGUUAGUGAUUUUACGCCUCCAGGAUCUCCUACCAUGAAAGAGUACUCUGUUAAUGUGACUUCAAAUGAUCUCAAUAUCAUUAUACAACCUGCCUUGAAUUCUGUGGGUUUCUUGAAUGCAUUGGAAGUGGUCUUAGUUCCUAAUGCACUGAUCCAAGAUGAUGCUCUCUUAAUGAAUCCAGCUGAAAGCUACAGAGGCCUUCUAACUGUGGCUUUCGAAACUGUUUUUCGGGUGAAUAUGGGCGGGUCAACUGUCGACUACAAUAAUGACACUCUUUGGCGAACUUGGAUUCCUGAUGAACGUUUCUUGGAACAUAGAAAUUUUGCUGUGGAUGAGCAGAACAUUGCGGCUGUUCAGUAUGCUAGAAGUGGUUUGGCUACAAGAGAUGAUGCCCCACCUGCUGUUUAUGGUACUUGUAGAAGACUUAACACUCGGGAUGAUCCCAGUGCGAAUUUCAAUGUGACGUGGGUUUUUGAUAUAAAUCCGGGGUUCCAGUAUCUUGUUCGGUUUCAUUACUGUGAUAUAGUGAGUGCAGCUUUGAAUGAACUGUAUUUCAAUGUGUUUGUAGAUUCAUGGUUAAUUUCUCGUACCUUGGACCUAAGUAGUAUAACGAAUGGGGCUCUGGCUACUCCUGUUUAUCUUGAUUUUGUCACACCGAUAACUACUCGCGAUACACUCCGUGUAAGCAUUGGCCCAGCUACAGCGAAUGGGAACCCACCUGAUGCUAUUUUGAAUGGGCUGGAGAUUAUGAAGAUGGACAAUUCCAACACCCUAGAUGGGAAUGUGGGUCUCCCUUCCUUGCAGUCGGGUUCCAAGAAUGAGGUAGGGGUGAUAGUGGGGGCUACCGUUGGGGGAGUUUGUCUCCUUGUUUUGGCUGUCAUACUCUUUAUCUUUUGUAGAAGAAGAAGCAAGAAGCUGGGUCAAGGCCAUUCGAAGACCUGGAUUCCGCUCUCCCUCACUGGAGGGACUUCCCACACAAUGGGAAGCAAGUACUCAAACGGUACUGUUACUAGUAUAGCUUCAAACUUAGGCUAUCGUAUUCCUUUUGCUGCCAUUCAAGAGGCCACUAACAAUUUUGAUGAAAGUUGGGUGAUUGGAAUUGGUGGUUUUGGGAAGGUCUACAAAGGUACCUUAGGUGAUGGCACCAAGGUUGCUGUAAAACGGGGCAAUCCUCGAUCUCAGCAAGGACUUAACGAGUUCUUAACAGAAAUUGAAUUACUCUCGCAAUUUCGCCACCGCCAUCUGGUCUCUUUGAUUGGGUAUUGUGAUGAAAAGAGCGAGAUGAUCUUGAUCUACGAGUACAUGGAGAAUGGAACCCUUAAAGGGCAUCUCUAUGGUGCUGGAAACCCUUGUUUGAAUUGGAAGCAAAGACUCGAGAUAUGCAUCGGGUCAGCCCGGGGUCUUCAUUACCUCCAUACGGGUUAUGCAAAAGCGGUUAUUCAUCGGGAUGUCAAAUCUGCAAAUAUUUUACUUGAUGAGAACUUCAUGGCUAAAGUUGCUGACUUUGGGCUCUCGAAGACCGGACCCGAGCUUGAUCAGACUCAUGUUAGUACAGCAGUGAAGGGAAGCUUCGGGUAUCUUGAUCCCGAAUAUUUCAGGAGACAACAGCUUACCGAGAAAUCAGAUGUAUACUCAUUUGGAGUUGUGUUGUUUGAAGUUCUUUGUGCAAGGCCCGUCAUUGAUCCAACUUUACCAAGAGAAAUGGUUAACUUAGCUGAAUGGGCUUUGAAAUGGCAGAAGAAAGGGCAGUUGGACCAAAUUGUAGACUCUUCACUUCAAGGAAACUUAAAGCCGGAGUCUCUUAGGAAGUUUGGUGAAACCGCUGAAAAAUGUUUGGCUGAUUAUGGUGUCGAUAGACCUUCAAUGGGAGACGUGUUGUGGAAUCUGGAGUACGCACUACAACUUCAAGAGGCUACAAUCCCAGAUGAUCCUGAAGAACACAGCACAAAUGCAAUCGGCGACAUUUCUCCACAAGUAAACAAUUUCAACCCAAAUGAUGCUAGUGUUUCUACUAUGCAAUAUGAAGAAACAACAAAUGUUGAUGAUCUUUCUGGUGUAUCUAUGAGUAGAGUGUUCUCUCAACUAGUGAAGUCUGAGGGCCGAUGAGGCGAUUAUUUGAUUGAGAAAUUUGACAACAUAUUAAUGUACUAUAAUGUUUUCUUGUAUGUCUUUCUGCAUCAUUUGUUUGUUGUCUUCACUCUAUGAGAUUGGUUCAUAUACUAGGAGCAGCAAGAGGGUGUUUUUCUUUUCUUUUUUCUGAUCAAAGUUUGGCAACUUGCAUGUUGCGGCAUUUUGUAUUGUUGUUGUAAGAGCAUUUUAACUUGUACAUCACCUAGCAAUUCUUGUAGACCCUUGGGCCUUGGCCAUUGCGAUUUCAGAUCUUGAAAUACUUACUUUUA